UCAGCAUCAACAUUUAUGAAGUCACUUCACAUUUAUAGACUUUAUAUUUUCUGUCAUCACAGACUUAUUAACUGUGGACUCACAGAGACGCACUGUGAAGUUGUGGCCUCAGCUCUGAAGUCCAACCCGUCACAUCUGACACAUCUGGACCUGAGUGGAAACAACCUGCAGGACUCAGUGAAGGUUCUGUGUGCUGGACUGGAGAGUCCUCACUGUCGACUGGAGACUCUGAGAUUGAGAGGCUGCAGUUUGUCAGAGAUCAGCUGUGAUUCUCUGGUCUCAGCUCUGAAGUCCAACCCGUCACAUCUGACACAACUGGACCUGAGUAACAACAACCUGCAGGAUUCAGGAGUGAAGCAUCUGUGUGGUUUUCUGGAGAGUCGUCACUGUCGACUGGAGACUCUGAGAUUGAGGAAUUGCAGUUUGUCAGAGAUCAGCUGUGAUUCUCUGGUCUCAGCUCUGAAGUCCAACCCGUCACAUCUGAUACAACUGGACCUGAGCUGGAACAACCUGCAGGAUUCAGGAGUGAAGCAUCUGUGUGGUUUUCUGGAGAGUCGUCACUGUCGACUGGAGACUCUGAGGUCAGACUCCAUGUUUUAGUUUUGUUAGUUUAAUGUGAUGUGAACUGUAGCAGGUUCAUCAUGAGGUCAAAUCACCUUCAGGACUGAUCAAAUUCAACUGUUCAAUGACUAAAAGGAACAAAGUAAAAAAAGUCAGUAAGUGUUGACGAUGGUUUAAUAGAGAAAAUGUGAUUUAAAUGUUUUAUGAUGUUUGACUAUGACUUUUAGAACUGACUGAGACUAAAUGAAGACACUUGUAUAAAGCAGCUACAGAGAAUCUUCUUGGAGCAAAUAGAAGCAGGAGAGAAUCAGCAGCAGCUCCAGAACAGGACAAACAGAACUAAAUAGUUGAGUGAAGCUCAUUAAUGAUCAUCAAACACCACAGACAGUGGAUGAUGUUUGAUUGGAGGAGGAUAGUGUCAUAGUGUUAACGGAAGUAACCGGGAAAUGUUCUGCCUGUACGGUGGAUCGCUUCUUUCAUCAUUCCCUAAAGAGUAUAUGAUUGAAAGUUUUGUUUUGCAUGUUUUUACUGUCCUUUUUUUAGCAUUAGGUUAACAUAUUUAAUCUCAUGAUUAUUUGCCAUAUGUGGACGGUGAACUCGUACUUCAGAAUGUUCUCGAAUCAUGAAUAUUAAACAAAAAUGCAUCACCUCUAAUAAACUAAAUGAAAUAGAACGUUCUGUGUGCUGGACUUAUUAUAGGAGCCUCUUAGCUCUCUGUCAAACUAGAAAGCAGCUUUACACACUAGCAGUGACAGAAUACUGAAAGAAAUCCAUGACGACAUCAUGAGACACUGAAUGGUUUCAACUGACUCUUUGAUUUCUACUG